UAUUUUAGGUUUGCAGGCCCACAAACACAUGUAAUCAACAAAAUCAUGCGAUAAGAAAGAGAGAGAGAGGAGGAGUGAGGAGACAAAAGUAAAGUGAAGAUAAAGGAAUCGAGUUGGAGAGACAACCCCAUUUGAUGCAUCUCUUUCUCGUCCUUUCUUGCCUUCACUCUCUUCUUUUUUUUUGAAAUUCCAUUGUCUAUUAGAUUAAAAAGCUUCCUUCUUUUCAUCCUUCAAACACCGUUAUUACCUUCAAAAUCAUUCAUCUCUCUCUCUACACAAACAGCUGUUUCUCAUCUCUAGGGUUUUGUUCUUACUUAACCUCAAUAAUCUCUACAAUUGACUCUGUAUCUUAUAGAUUCUAACCUUCUGGGUCUCUUUCUUGUUCCGUUAAUGGUGUGAAAGCUGGAACCUUUCUUCCUCUCUCACUCAACAAUGGCUGAGAUCAAGAUCACAAAAGCAGAGCAAGGACAAACCAAGAUCAGGACAGUCCCAGUAGCUGUAACUCCUGAAGGCUUCUGGUGUUGCCCUUCCCCUGUUGCUUUCCAAAAGACUCUCAAAUCUCACAACUCCCUCCACAAACCCAAACACUCUCCUCCAACAACGGAUAAGAAGCCUCCGGAGAAGGAGAAGGAGAAGAGACCCUCCUCCACCACUAUUAGAUCCGUCAUCGCUUCAGACGAGCAACAACAACAACAGAGUAACAACCCAGAAGAGACCCCUCAUCACAGUAUCUCUGUUCCGGUGACGGUUCAAGAGCGUCCACCGAGGCAAAAGGUCGAGACUUUACCGAGGAAAGUGGCCAUAGAGUUCGGCGAGCCAGGGAGCAUCGACGCUAAAGUGAUUCUUGUAGGGAAGCAAGGCUUCUGCGUGAAGCUGAGUGUUCACAAGAAGGUUCUGGUCGAUCACAGCAGUUUCUUCGCUAAGAAACUCUCAGAGAGAGACUCUGUUUUCGCCUGCCUUGAGAUCGAGAGCUGCGAAGACGCCGAGAUCUACGUCGAGACCGUUGGCCUUAUGUACUGUAAAGACGUGAAGCAGAGGCUUAUGAAACAGAGCGUGAGCAGAGUCCUACGUGUCCUCAAGGUCGCUGAGCUUCUUGGUUUCGGUUCUUGUGUUCAGUCUUGUUUGGAUUAUCUCGAGGCUGUGCCUUGGGUUGGUGAAGAAGAGGAGGAGAAAGUGGUCUCGUCGAUUCUCGGGUUAAAGACUGAAGGAGUUGGUCCUGUUCUCAAAAGAGUUGCUGCUUCCUCUUCUGUGGAUCCACCUAAAGAGACGCUCUCGCGGAUCAUCGAGCUCGUGUUGAGAAGCAAAGAGGAGAAGAGCCGUCGCGAGAUGAAAUCUAUUGUCUUGAAGCUUCUGAGGGAACAGAACGGGAGCAAUGUGGGUGAGAAUUUCAACGAGACGAUCUACUCCUCUUGCAAGAGCUGCUUGGACUCUGUCUUGUCUAUGUUCAGGGAAGGUGAGAGUGAUGCUAAGCAGAUAGGUGUAGAAGCUGAUAACCUCACGUGGCUGCUCGAUGUGUUAGCGGAGAGGCAAGCAGCUGAGGAGUUCUCAGUCACGUGGGCGAACCAGAAGGAGCUAGCUUUGUUACACGAGAAGCUUCCUUUGGUGUCUCGGUACCACGUGAGCCGCGUGACGUCUCGGCUGUUCGUGGGGAUAGGGAGAGGAGAGCUGUUGCCUUCGAAAGACACUAGGCUUCUGCUGUUGACCACGUGGCUGCAGCCUUUGUUCAAGGACUAUAACUGGCUGCAGCACGGAUGCAGGUCGUUUGAUGGGAAGCUUGUGGAGGAAGGGAUAGGGAGGACGAUACUGACGUUGCCGUUGGAAGAUCAGCAGAGGAUUUUGAUGUCUUGGCUUGGGAGUUUCUUGAACGGAGGAGAUGGGUGUCCGAAUUUGCAGAGAGCUUUUGAGGUUUGGUGGAGGAGAUCGUUUGUUAGACCUUACUCGGAUCGUCAGGGUAGUAGUAGUGGGGUGUCUCAGACAGAUUCGACUUCAAAAGAGUGAUCUUAUAAAAACAUGAUGAGUAAGCUUUGUUAGAUUUGUACAGUGAAUAACGUUAGCUUUUGGAAACUGGAAAGUGUUUGGUUUUGCUUAUCUUUGAUUUUCGGUUUUGGUUGGUUUGUGGUUUUCGUUUGGUUUAUAUCAUGCCAUGGAGAGGCAAGGCUUUAGUGGUCUUGUUUUUUUUUUUUCUUGAUGUUUUUGUAUCUUUCCAUUUUUCAUAAAAGUAUUGAUGUUACUGGAUGUA